UAAAAUUUAGGGUUUAACAGUUUGAUUGCCACGCCCAAAAUAUUUCCCGCGAAAUAGUAACUUCUUGUUUUCUUACCUCUAAUUCUUCCUCAUUUGUUUUAUAAUAACAAUAAUAAUAAGAGGAAGAAGAAGAAUCUGGAAGCCCUGAAAUUCAUCUUUUUAUUGAUAGAAUAAAAUAGAAAAGAAUGGCGGGUGAUAUUAUUAGGCAGAGAGCAGCAGCAGCAGUCAUGUACCAUUACCCGUGCCCAGACGGCGCAUUUGCCGCUUUAGCCGCCCACAUUUACUUCUCUUCUCUUUCUUCUUCAUCAAUUGCUCCUCCAUUGCCGCCGCCUCUCUUCUUUCCGAACACGGUUUAUUCCCCUGUCAAGGUUGAAGAGCUUCCCUUGGAACAGAUUGGUGAUGUGUAUCUUCUUGAUUUCGUUGGACCUCCCGGUUUCGUUCAGCAGCUCUCCUCCAAAGUUAACCGUGUGAUAAUAUUAGAUCAUCAUAAAACUGCACUCAAGAUGAUCGAUGAUGGUGAGUUUGCCUUCACGAAUGUGACAAAGGUGAUAGAUAUGGGAAGGAGCGGGGCAACCAUUGCCUAUGAUUUUUUCAAGGAAAAAGUCUUAUCACUUGAAAACGUGAACAAUUCGAGUGGUCGUGAACUGGGUAUUUAUAAUUUUGAAUGCUCCCGGAAGCUGUUUGAAUAUAUUGAGGAUGCGGACCUAUGGAGGUGGCGUCUUCCGAACAGCAAAGCUUUCAGCAGUGGUUUAAAAGAUAUGAAUCUUGAAUUUAACGUGACGUUAAAUCCCUCGUUGUUUGAGCAGUUGCUAUCUUUGGAUGUGGAACACGUCAUAAAUCAAGGCUUGAGCAGUUUAUCGCAGAAGCAAAAUUUAAUAAACGAGGUACUGGACCAGUCGUAUGAGAUUGUACUUGAUGAUGGAGCAUCUGGACAUUGUCUGGCUGUUGAUGCUGAUGCUGUGUCUGAUCUGAGGAGUGAGCUUGGCCACCAAUUAGCGGAAAAAAGCCUGAGUCAUAAUCUGAGGGGGAUAGGUGCAGUGGUCUAUAGAGUAGUCGAGCUGAAAGAUGACCAAAUUCUAAAAGUAAGCCUUAGAAGUAUCGACUCUGAAGAUACAACAUCCAUAUCACAGAAACAUGGAGGUGGUGGCCAUCUAAAUGCAAGUUCAUUCAUGAUAAGCCGUCGAGAGUUUGAGCAAUGGAAGGUAGGUUGUACAAAUGGCGCUGCGAAUUUGGAUUAACCGCAGUAUCUUCAUUCUUCAUGUUCACGAGGCUUUGCUAGUUUGCUUUGCAAAUGUGCUUGAUGAAGGUUAGAAGUUAGAACGCACGUGGAAUGGAUGACUUUAGUGCUAGUAUGUGUUACUUAAGUUUCAAAUGGGCCAUCCUACAAUGGGUACAUCGUUGUUUUUAGACAUUGUACUCGUUUUGUUACCAGUUAAUCUUUGUAUGAAUUAAAUUAAUGAACAGAGUAAAAUGCCAAAAUGAUUUUUUCUU